CUGAUGCCAGGGCAUACCUCAAGUCAUGUUUCUAAUUCCUUGCUAAUUCUACAAACAUCAGGACUGAGAGCACUGUGAAAAUUGGGUAGUGAGAACACAUGUUGGACUCUUGGGCAAAGUUGUGAUUGUAUCAUGUUUAGAAGUGACCAGAGAUUUGUCCUUUGGUGUAUUCCUUGUUUAUUUUCUUCUUUCACGCGUUGCAUCAUUUUUCUUGUUUGGGUUCUGUUUCAACAGCGUUCAGGUGGUAAACACUGUACCACCCCAGCAGAUAAUUACUAUUUGGCUCGAAGGAGGACCCUCCAGGUGGUGGUCAGCUCACUGUUGACAGAGGCUGGCUUUGAGAGUGCCGAGAAGGCUGCUGUGGAAACCAUGACUGAGAUGCUUCAGAGCUAUAUUUCAGAAAUUGGGAGGAGUGCCAAGUCUUUCUGUGAACACACUGCAAGGACUCAACCAACUCUUUCGGAUAUUAUUGUCACCUUAGUUGAAAUGGGCUUUAAUGUGGAAACACUUCCUGCAUAUGCCAAAAGGUCUCAGAGGAUGGUGAUCACUGCACCACCUGUAACAAAUCAGCCUGUGACUCCAAAAGCCCUGACAGCUGGACAGAACAAGCCUCAUCCAUCACACAUCCCCGGUCAUUUCCCAGAGUUCCCAGACCCUCACACUUACAUCAAAACACCAACAUACCGUGAGCCUGUACUGGAUUACCAGAUCCUACGAGAAAAGGCUGCAUCCCAGAGACGUGAUGUUGAAAGAGCUUUGACUCGCUUCAUGGCAAAGACAGGAGAGACACAGAGUCUUUUCAAGGAUGAUGUCAGCACCUUCCCUUUGAUAGCUGCCAGGCCUUUUGCAAUACCCUACCUGACAGCUCUACUUCCUUCGGAAUUGGAGAUGCAGCAGAUGGAAGAGACUGAUUCAUCUGAACAAGAUGAUCAGACAGACACAGAAAACCUCGCUUUGCACGUGAGCAUGGAUGAUUCAGGAGCUGAGAAGGAGAAUUCAUCGGUGCUACAGCACAAUCCCUCCCUUUCCGGUAGCCGGAAUGGAGAGGAGAACUUGAUAGACAACCCCUACCUCCGCCCAGUGAAGAAACCUAAGAUCCGUAGGAAGAAAUGAACUGUGGGGAUAUUAAUGGGGUGGAAUCAGAGGACGCCUUUGAUCCGCUAGUGGUCCCUGUGCUGUUGAGACACAGCAUAGGUAAGGCAGAAGGACACUGCUGCUGCUUCAGGCAUAGCUGGAAAGAUGGUCUUUCUGCUUGGAUCUUUUUCAUUUGUUAUAAUUUAAGGUGAAGGCUAAAAGACUUGACCCAGAAGUGCUGACAGCCAUUCAGUUUGAUACCACCUCUCUGCUGGAGACCACAGUAUGCUAUAGCUUGCAAUUCCUACACAACAUCUUGUCGUCUUCAAGUAGAUCUUCUUUUUGAGGUGCAGGCAGAUCAGGAGACUUCUUUCUCAUAUUUUUCCAGAUCUCCUAGGACUUCAAAAUGGGAACCAUCCUGCCCACUUUCUGUGUUUCUGGGAUUCAGGGCCAGCUGCCUUUCUAAAUAUGACUCCAUUGGAUGAAAGGUGGCUAAGGGUUCCAGCUGGAUAUCAAAUGUUGUGCCUUUACAAUAACGAGCUGUUCAGAGUUACAUGGUUUACAUUUUCCCACAGUCUGUGCAUGCUUUGUGCUGAGGUUUUUGUCUGAAAGCAUCUCUCGCUAUGCUGUCAGAUGAGCCAGGAGGGGAAAUUCAGCCAUCGGAGUAAGAAGUGAAACUUUUUCUGCUGACCUUGGUGCUUGCGAGCGCAUUCCACUGGACAUUUACUUCUUAAAGUGCAUUUAUGGCCAGCAUUCUGAUUGUGGCUUUCUGCCUUCCGCUAGAUCGGAAGUUUUUUGUUUUGAAUUUACAGUUGCACUUUAUAGAUUUCUACUAUCAUAGCUGUAUAUACACCAGUAUUUACACUUGCACACCUGUCUCUUGGCUCCAAAUGAAGUAUGCAAUGGCUCCGUUCCUGUCAGUGUAAUAAGGCAGAAAAAAUGUCAAGCAAAACAUCGAAGGUCUUUGGUAAUUGGAACAUCAUCCUUUCAAAGCAUAAACAAGUUUCCUUCUAAGUAGAAAGUACAUGGUUCAGGUACUUUCAGUGAGAGACAAAGGGACAAGAGCCACAGAGAGCAUCCUUUUGCUACAUCUCAAAAUGACAGCAUCUGCAAUAUAACAAAAAAGCUUUAAGUGCUACAAUUAUGCCAUUCCAGCAGCUGGAAGCAUGAUCCCAUGUCUGUAGUUACUUCUUGAUGUCACUGAGAUCUGUGGUUUCCACAGCAGCCUACUACAGAACUUUUAAACUAGAACAAGGAUGGGAAAACAACUGUUGCUGGCUUUUGAGUUAUAAAAACUUGGCAGGUAGUGCUUGUGGUUCAGUAUUUUUUUCCCAGAACACACUGUGUUUUUGCAGAACACACUCCCACCUAGGGAAAAUUCCAUGACUUUUAUCAUUACCUUGCAGUUUUCUCCAAAACAAGCUUUGCCCCUAGAAACCAAGGUCAAUUCAUUAUUCAACUUUCCCAGGGACACUGUUGUUGUUUUUGAGCAUAUGGAUUUUUGUGGCAUAAAGAACUGAUUAAAAGCUCAUUAGAGAAAUGUAAGUCCUGUUGGUUAAGCUCAUAUUUGUACCUGGCUCAAAGAAAAUAUUUUUCUCUGAAAAGUUUAAUGUAGAAAUAGUUUUUCUGAAAGCUUUUUACAAGGCCAAAUCAAAUGCUUGUGAAGAAAGUGACAGUUCUCAGUCAACAUAGGCCACUGCACCCACCCUUUUUUUAAGCAGUAAAGGGAAAGUUGUGGCUAUCCAGAUGUUGUUCGACUACAACUCCCAUCGGUCAUUUUAAGUAUAGCCUAUGAGGAUGAUGGACAUUGCAUUCUAACAACAUCUAAAUAACUGUGUCUUCCGUGUUUCUAGUAUAAAAUUUGCUGUCUUAUGACUUGCUCUUCAAAAGCAUCCCAAGGCCCUGUAUGUAAUAUAUGCAUAGUAUUAUACUGUCCUAAGUACUUGAUUGAGAAAGGAGGGAAAAAAACCUUGCUUUUUUUCUUUUUUCAAAAAAUUUAUGAUGGUCUUCAGGAAUAAUUCUUAGAUCAGCUGGAUCUGGAAGGAAACAAGUAGCAAGUUCAUCUGAAGAAAGCUGGUUCAGAAGUUGUGCUGUUUUUCCACACUUUGGAGAACUGCUGGCAUGUACAAAUAACAUCCCCCUUUUUCCUCUCUGGUGUCAAUUUGUUCUAUUUCUUGGUUUCAUCUAACCAUAGUUUGCCACAGUAUCUGAAUCAAGCAAACCAUUGCCAGGCAGCACUCCUACUUAGCACUAUCCAUUUUUUGGAAGAUUAGCUCGACUGACAUGAAAAUCAGCUGUCUUGUGCUAGUUGGUUACUCUUAAAAAUUGAGGAAACUGCCUUCAGAUCUAGGGAGAUCUUUGGGAAAAACAGCUCUAACCACUUUCUUUAGCCAAAAAAUUUAAACAUGCUAUGGUGAAUCAUACAGAUGGACUUGUAUAGACAAAUAUACAGAUAGUUGUAUAUUUAUAUAUUUUUGGUCAUGGGCUAGGCUUUUUGGUGAUUUAAAAAAUGUUGCUCAAUAUACAGGAAUAGUGAAAAUAGUUUAUUUUUUCAGUUCAUAAUAAAAUUGUGCUUGUAUAAGCCAA